AUGGGUAAAACUCAAAAGAAAAACUCCAAGGGGCGUUUGGAUAAAUACUAUUACUAUGCUAAAGAAAAGGGUUAUAGAGCACGUUCUUCGUUCAAGAUUCUUCAGAUUAAUGAAAAGUACGGGCAUUUCUUAGAAAAGUCCAAAGUGGUGAUUGAUUUGUGUGCUGCACCAGGUUCCUGGUGUCAAGUUGCCAGCCAGCUUUGUCCUAUAAACUCUUUGAUUAUUGGUGUUGAUAUUGUCCCAAUAAAGGCAUUACCAAACUGUAUAACAUUCCAAUCUGAUAUUACCACGGAAGAUUGUAGAUCCAGAUUGAGAGGUCAUAUGAAGACUUGGAAGGCAGAUACCGUUUUACAUGAUGGUGCUCCAAAUGUUGGUUUAGGUUGGGUUCAGGAUGCCUUUACACAAUCCCAAUUAACUUUACAAGCUUUGAAAUUGGCUGUGGAGAAUUUAACCCCUGGUGGGACUUUUGUUACUAAGAUUUUCAGAUCAAGAGAUUAUAAUAAUUUGAUGUGGAUUUUCCAGCAAUUAUUUGACAAAGUUGAAGCCACCAAGCCUCCAGCUUCUCGUAAUGUUUCAGCUGAAAUUUUUGUAGUCUGUAAAGGUUUCAAAGCUCCUAAGAAGAUGGAUCCAAGAUUAUUGGAUCCAAAGUCAGUUUUUGAAGAAUUAGCUCCAGUCACGGUAAAUAAUGAAUCGAAAGUUUUCAACCCGGAAAAGAAGGUUAGAAAGAGAGAUGGUUAUGAAGAAGGUGAUAAUUUGUUAUACCACACUAUGCCAUUAUUAGAGUUCGUCCGCAAUGAAGAACCUAUUAAUAUCUUAGGUACUUUGAAUAAAUUGGAAGAACCAGAAAAGGAUAAUCACGAGUGGAAAAUAUUAAGGAAGAUGAAAAGUUGUAAUACUGAACUUUUAGAGUGUAUUAAGGAUUUGAAAGUUUUAGGAAAGAAGGAUUUCAAAUUAAUCUUGAAAUUUAGAAAGCAAGCUAGAGAUUUGCUCGGAUUAGAUGACAAUGAGGAAGAAGCCGCGAUUGAAGUUGAACCGCUUACUGAGGACCAGCAAAUUGAUAAGGAAUUACAAAAAUUAUCUGAAAAGCAAAAGCAGAAACAAAAGAGAUUGAAAAAGAAUUCUAACGAAGCUAAGCAAAAAGAAAUUCAAAGAAUGCAAAUGAAUAUGUUAACUGAUAUGAAUAUUGGUAUUGAAGCUGCACAAUUGGGCCUGGAAUCUUUGUUCAACUUAAAAUUAGCGGAAAAGAGUGGUCAAUUGGAUGAAUUGGCAAGGGGUAAGAAGAAAAUGAUUUUCAGUAAUGAGGAAAUUAUGAGGGACAACGAUAUUCACAUAGGUGACGAUGUUGAAGUUGAAGAGAAUUCAGCUGAUGAAAUAGAUGAGUUAGAGGAUCAAUUGGACGAUAUGUAUAACAGUUAUCAAGAGAGAAGAGCAGAAAGAGAUGCUAACUAUCGAGCUAAGAAGUUGAGAGGCGAUGUUGAUGAUGAAGGCUGGGACGGUAUAAAGGAUGAGAAUGAAGAGAAUGAGGAAGAAGAAGAAGCUAAAGACUAUGAAAUGGAAGAAGAUUCUGACUCUGACGAUGAUGAGCAUAUUACUAAGUUGAUCGCUGAGAAGAAAAUUGAUGGGUUAUCAAGAGGAGCAAAGGUAUUUUUUGCAUCAGACUCCAUCUUCGGUGAAUUAGGAGAUGAUGAAUUGAUUAAGUCAAUGGAAGAUAAAUCUAAACCAAAGACUGAUGAGACCAAGAACACACAAGUUGGUACUUCGGUGGUAGCUAGCAGCUCUGCAUCUCUUGACUCAUCGGAUGAAGAACUGGCCGACUCAGAUUCUGACUUCGAAAUUGUUGCAAGUAAUAACGAUCCUUAUGAUGAUGCUGAUUUUGAUUCUGACUCUGAUAAUGAAAAGUUUUCAGCUAAGGAUCAUCAGUCUCAAGUUGAUAUUGCAACUGUCGAGGCAAUGACCUUGGCUCAUCAACUUGCACUUGGGCACAAGAACAAGAACGAUCUUAUUAACGAUGGUAUUCAUAAAUACUCAUUUAGAGACCAAGACGACCUUCCAGAAUGGUUCAUUGACGAUGAGAAGAAGCAUUCGAAAAUGACGAAACCGAUCACUAAAGAAGCUGCUGCAGCCAUCAAAGAAAAGCAAAGGCAAUUAAAUGCCAGACCUAUUAAGAAGGUUUUGGAAGCUCAAGGUAGAAAGAAGAUGAGAGCAUUGAGAAGAUUGGAGAAGUUGAAGAAGAAGUCCGAUACUAUCGCAGAUGACAACGAUAAAUCUGAAAGAGAUAAGGCUGAUGAAAUUCAAAAAUUAAUGAAGAAGAUGACCAAGAAACAAAAGCAAAGACCAAAGGCUACUCUUGUCGUUGCUACUGGUUCUAAUAAGGGUUUGAGUGGUAGACCAAAGGGUAUUAAGGGUAAGUAUAAGAUGGUGGAUGGUGUCAUGAAGAAUGAACAAAGAGCAUUACGUAGAAUUGCAAAGAAGCAUAAGAAAUAG